CUUUACCAGUGAAUUUAAAGGUUUAAAAAUAAUCCUUGAUCACCUUUUGUAACACUUACACUGCUAUAUAUAUGUCUCUUUUUAUAUCAGAGAACAAUGGCUUUGUCCGUCUGUCUGCUCAUCCUGGUCGGCUGUGCUGCCUCUGUUGCUGCUGACGGUUACUCUAGGGAACACUUAGCUUAUAACUACGCCCCUAUUAUUCCUGCCUAUGGGGGACUCGGACUUCAGAGUGGCCUCGGGGGUCUCCUCCCCAUUAUUCUCAUUUUUGUGUUUUUGAGCAUUGCUGCGCCUGCGCUGAUUGGGUCCCUACAGUCCACCAGGGGCUGAGAGUAGCUGAUGUACUUGGUUCACGAUCAGUGGGCCAAUGCAGGUAUCGUCUCUUCCAUGCCACUAUUUUCUAUAAAUGUCUAACUUUAGAGUAAGUGCAAUAUCUAUUACAAACAUGCAAUUAUAUGAUUUUGAAUUACAGAAUUCGUUAGACUUGCUGUGUAUAAGGAUAUCCGUGCAGUAUAAUUGGUGAUUUUAUUUACUAUUGUACAAAAUGAAAAUUGUGAUCACCAAUAAAAAUAU